AGCCCCUCAGCUUCGCUGCCCGCUGCGGCCCUGCCCUCAGCGCCCGGUCGGGCCCGAUCCCGCCAGUGUCACCAUACACGGUCCGUGGCGGGCAAAGGUGCGCUCCGCUCCGCGCAUGCGUCGUGCAGUAGGGAAUUGUUGCUCCCCUCCGCUCCACUCCGCACCAACUUGCAGUCCGCGGCUGUCCUCCCGUGAGGAGGCGGCGGCGCGGCCGGAGCCGGGAUGGGGUACGCUAUGGCGGCGCGGCGGGAUGGCUCGCGCGCCCUGUUGCUGCCGCUGGUACUGGCUGUGGCGUGCGCGGCGCGCAGCGCCGACGGGCCCAGCAACAUGUCCUACGUGAAGGAGACGGUGGACCGGCUGCUUCAGGGCUACGACAUCCGCCUCCGGCCCGACUUCGGAGGUCCGCCCGUGGAUGUGGGCAUGCGGAUAGAGAUCGCCAGCAUCGACGUGGUCUCCGAAGUCAACAUGAAGCAGGAUCUCAUCUGUUGCCUACUGUUCAAAACUCACUAGCUGGUUCUCAAGAUCUCUCCU